AUGCUUGGAUUUUUUGGAAAGACUUCAAAGCGACCGCCCGAGGAUGAGCAUACUGAGAUAGACGUCCAAGCUCUUUACGAUUCGCCCCAUGAUCACUGCACGGCUUUCUUACGGUUCCGACGCGGAGAUCGGCUACGCAUCGAUGGCGAUAGGCAUACGAUGUUAAGUCCGUCGACCAAUCGCUUUAGAUCGAGAAGCCUGUGGCGCGGCGUUCAUGCACGGAACAGCGCUAAAGGGCUUGUCCGAAAAGAACUGGUCGCGCCACUGCAGAACGCUGCUGAACAGCCAUGGUUUUACACGGGUAUCAACCGCGACUCGGCCUUGCACCUACUGAUCGGCAAUCCCGCGGCUAAAGACUUGUUUCUCGUGCGGACAAGUCCGGAAGAUGGACUGGUUUUAGAACUGAAAACCAAUGCUCAAACCGUGAAAAGCUUUCCAAUCUCGGACGUUGAUGACGAGCUGUAUAUCGACGACAGCGAGCGGUUCAAAAAUCUGCACGCACUGGUACAGCAUUAUUUAAAAGGAAAUGCGCUUUUCGAACACCACCCAACGAAGUAUCCAAAGCGCAGCCAUUACGCAAUCGAAGGCAAGAGGCUGGUGUAUCGCAAAGACAGCGACAUGCUUUACAGCCCGGAUAUCUGGGAAAUCGAGCGUCGCCAAAUCAUCUUCCAUCGCAAGCUGGGCCAGGGAUACUUUGGCAGCGUGCACCUAGCGAGGUGGUGCAACCUGACGGUGGCAGUGAAGAUUUUGCAUAGCAAGUGGGGGAUGGGUGAAGACGGUGCCUGGGCAGCGUUUGACAGGGAAUUUUCCGAAUUAAAUGUACUCGACCACCCCAAUGUACUCAGAUUGUUUGGGGUGUGCACCGGAGAAACGCCAUUUUACAUCGUGACCGAAUACGUGGCUGGUGGCUCACUUUUGGAGUGCCUUACUGGGAAGAAUCCGCAGAUUCCAAGCGACCUAAUAGUUGAACAGGCCGUCAGCGUGCUGUUUCAGGUAGCUCUUGGUAUGGAAUACUUACAGUCAACCGGUAAGAUCCAUCGAGACUUGGCGGCGCGAAAUAUUUUGUUGGAUCGAAAGUCGGGUGACCGAAUUAGCGCAAAGGUGGCCGAUCUCGGCCUAGCGAGAAAUCUACCUGAAAAAUAUUACUACAGUGGAGAAUUUCCGGUUUGCUGGAGCCCGCCAGAGGUGCUGCUCUCCCAUAAGUUUAGCAAGUGCUCAGACAUCUGGUCGUUUGGGGUGGUUGUUUUCGAAUUGUACUCCCGGGGCGAGCAGCCGUACCACAAGGAAUUUGGGAAAGUCCCUGGCGCCGUGGCGCUUUCACAUUUUCUGGCAAAGGGUCAGAGGCUGGCAAAGCCAGAUCUUUGUUUAGAUACGUUAUGGGAGCAGGUGGCGUCUCCUUGCUUCGAAGAGAACUGGAACGAACGUCCGACCUUUACGGAAAUCCUCGAGAGAUUGAAGGUAGGGGAAGUUGCUUCCAAUCCCAAAAGAAUUAGGCUUGGCUGGGAGAUAUCUCUGCGCAUCAAGGCCUCUUUGAUCCUGACCUGCCGAUACUGGGACAUAAACCAUGAAGAAGUGGUGCUGGGCACGAAGGUGCAUACUUCACCAUUUUCGACGCUCCAACCCGGUAUGUGGGAUCGCCUCGCGAUCAUACUCAAGAUUUCCAACAAUGGCUUCGCAGAGCAUGGCGCGGACCAGAGGUCUUCAAAUUACGGCGUUCCGGCGGAUGAGAGCCAAUGCCCUGCCUGGAUUUACAUGGAAUAUUUCCCCUGGGGGUACCUGACGCAAUACGUGGCCACGAAGCUGCGAGACAAAGAUGCAACGUGGAAGGCUAGCAUGAUGAACAACUUUAUCUGCCAGAUAGCAAAAGGGAUGGAAUAUAUUCAAAUGGUGAAAAGAAAAAUUCACCUCAACCUCGCGUGUCACAACAUCAUGGUACACGAGUCAACACGGGGACCGUCGGUCAAGAUCGCGUCCUUCCAUUUUGCGUUGGAUAUGGCGGAACUGCAAAACCAAGCGUCCCUCCCGUACACGAUGGAAAAGGUCCAUUCAUUUGGAUUGGCCACCCUUUGGACGCCUCCCGAGGCCAUCAGAUACAAACAAAUCACCGAAAACUUUGACGUCUGGUCGUUCGGGGUCGUCGUGAUUGAGAUGUUUUCUGAAGAGCGCCUAUACAAACGUGAAUUUGCCGAGCAACGGGAGUUGGCGAGAUAUCCCCGAACUAAAGCGUUGGCCACAAAAAUUCUAGAAUACCUUGAAUCGGGGCAACGAUUAAAGAGACCGGCCAAUUGCCCGGCGCAAAUCUAUGAUGAGGUGGUAAUGCCGUGCUUCAAAUACCAGUGGAGGGAACGGCCGAAUUUUACAAAUAUUGUGCAUAUCUUAAAGAGUAUUUUCAGAGAAUCCGAUUCCUCAACGAAUGAUGGCGGGUAUGCAAUGUCAUUGACGGCAAAUCCGAUGAUAAAGGCGCUUGCGUCUGUAUGUCAA